UCAGCCUGUUUACUCCAAGCGGGGAAAGUUGCCCAGGCGGCGGUCGGCUGUUGGUUCAUCUCCUCCGGGGACUGGGGUCGCUCACUGGCAGAUAUACAAGAUAAUAAAAAACUCGGAGGCGCUAAAGCUAAGCAGACUUUUACCUUUUAACUUCUACCUAUUCUUCUUCACCGGGAGCUUUUUUUUUUUGCCAGCUAGCGAGCGAGGCGUUAGCUACUUCCGGGGACGACAACCUUCACACACAGAAAGCCUAAGAUGAAGACCAGGAGAUAACACUGUGCCUCUGCAUCUACAUUUGAGGGUUCAUUUUCAAAGAUGGAGCCGUAAAAAAUAACCAAGACCCAUUGGAGUGAGCUUUUGAGGAGAUAGGAGGAUCUUCUCCUGAUAGAGGCUUUGCUUGGGAUUCCUCAGACGAUGGCUGCAACAGAAACCAAAGCCCCAAGCAGCGCUGCGGGUCUCUCCUGGGCUCGCGUGUGUAAAGAAUGUGGCCAACAGCACGAGGGCCAGGAAACUCACCUGUAUGAGUACCAAAACGAAGUGGACGAUGAGUUGGUUUGUCACAUUUGUCUGCAGCCCCUCCUAAAACCCAUGGAUACUCCAUGUGGACACACUUACUGUUAUCACUGUCUGAGCAACUUCUUGAAGGAGCAGGACUUUUGCCCCGUGGAUCGCCAGCGUCUACAGCUAAAUCAGUGUCGACCCUCCAGCCUGCUGGUUAGAAACCUGCUGGACAAACUGCUUGUUUCCUGCCCUCACUAUGCAGAUUGCCAACAGAAGAUGCAGCGUUGUGAGCUGCAGCCUCACCUGCACAACAGAUGUCCUGUUUUUAAGAGGCUGAGGGAAGAAGCAGAGAAGAGGAAGAGGCCUUCCUGGAAUGAAAUAAAAGGGCGCAAGGGUGAUGGAGAGUCAUCUGGAGAUGCGAAACAUUCAGCGACGCUGUCUCGAAAUCCCACCAGGGAUCAGUCUGAGCCGGGUCUCAUUAAUCCUGCUUAUGAGGAAAUUGACGAUGAUAACACCCCCCUGCGGUCCAGUCUUGUGGCUGAGGCAAACGUGGUGGAGCUGUUCAGGGAUGAGCCUGAGGAGGAGUUAGGCCUCCGUAUUGUUGGAGGGAAAGAUACACCGUUGGGAAAUAUAGUGAUCCAGGAGAUCAUCCGGGACUCGAUAGCCUCUCGAGAUGGCAGACUGGCUCCAGGGGACCAUAUCCUAGAGGUGAAUGACGUCAGCCUGGCUUCAAUUCCCCACUCCAGGGCGAUUGCAGUGUUGCAGCACCCCUCCCUCCUCAGGCUGACCGUCAUGCAGGAGAAAGGCUUCAAAAUAAGGGACCAACGGUCGGAUCAUCACGCCUCCACCUUCACUGCCUCCCAUAGUCCUCAUGGGAACAGUCCAUCCAGUCAAAACCCUGGGAAAGUCCUGCAUGUCAUGCUAACAAAGACCCACCGCACAGAGCCGCUCGGCAUCAAACUUAUCCGGAAGUCUGAUGAAAGCGGUGUUUUUAUCCUGGACCUUUUGCCGGGCGGUUUGGCAGCCAAAGAUGGAAAACUCAGGAAUAAUGAUAAAGUUUUGGCCAUAAAUGGGCAUGACCUCAUGCAUGGUACACCUGAGAGUGCUGCCCUCAUCAUACAGAACAGUGAAAAGUGUGUGAACUUUGCUGUAAUGAGGCCUGCAGAGAAUCCAGAGGAAGGAGGAAGCAGCAGCAGAGAGGGCCAACACAGCAGAGGAGUAAGAAGGGCCCCUGAGCCGCAGUACUUCAGACGGCAGACCACCUACUUAAAGGACCCACCAGGUGGCUUUUCAUGUCAGGAGAAAACAGUGAGCUUAAAGAAGGAGCCUCGAACCUCUCUGGGCAUCACCAUAGCUGGGGGGAGGGAUUGUCGGAGCAGGCUGCCUGUUUACAUCACGAGUGUGCAGCCUGUUGGCUGUCUGCACAGAGACGGCACCAUCAAGAGAGGUGAUGUUCUGCUGAGCAUCAAUGGAGUCGAUCUGACCCAGCUGACCUAUACCGAGGCCGUCUCUGUUCUGAAGGCCCAGACAGCUCAGUCCCAGGUGGUGCUGCGUGUGAUCCAGACCCUCUCCGAAGGCGGCGAGGAGGACACAGAGACUGGCAGCAGGGAUGACUUUGACCAUGUGGAUGACCAACGAGAAGAGACCCGUACCUGGACGCCGCUGUGGACUCACUGGCUGGGGUUACCAAGCCACAUGCACUGGUGCAGAGACAUUGUCCUACAGAAAACCAAUAACGAGAGCUGGGGCUUCAGCAUCGUCGGCGGCUACGAGGAGAGCCAUGGGCAGCAGCCUUUCUUCAUUAAAACUAUCGUGCCUGGUACACCCGCCCAUUUCGACGGCCGCCUCAAGUGUGGCGACGAGAUUGUGGCGGUGAAUGGAGCUACGACCGUGGGGAUGAACAACUCCUCUCUCAUCCCCAUGCUCAAGCUGCAGAAGAACAAAGUCACCCUGACCGUGGUGUCCUGGCCGGGGAGUCUGGUGUAAUAAAAGAAGUUCAAAUGAGCACACACAAGUAGCCCUGUUAAGCUGCAUUUGUUUAAUCCAACCCAAUGUCCUUGAUUCUUUAUUUGACAUAAUGGAGACAGUCCGAACUGUUAAAGCCGUUUGGGACUCAUGUAGAAAAUGGAUGUACUGCUAAGAUGCACAAAUGAUCAAAUUUAUAUUCAGUAUAAACUUGGAAAGAGUAAUUCUGUUAUUUUAUCUACCAUCAGUUUCUAGCAUAU